GUGCAACAGUCCGAAGUGCCUACCACUCUGUUUAACAGUCUUUAAUAUAUAAACUAGGAUUGUGUCGAUAAAAUCUUGAAUAGUUAUUUUAAUCAUCUCUUUAUUUUUAUAUUCAUAUAUUGUUUCAGGGCAUUCCAAAAUCCAGCGUUACAGAGGAACCGUAUCAAUUUUACAGAUCUCUCUCAAUUGAUCUAAAAGAAUAUACAACUUCUGAUAAAACCAAGCAUUUAUUUCGACAAAAAAGUCGAAGACGUCUUCCCGAAGUAUUGAUUGAGAAAAUUAGUUUCGGUUUACUUACAUCAGUACUUCCAUCCAUCGACUUCACUAACGUGAAAAAGACGGGAGAUAUUUUUAUCUUUGAUGUAACAGUACAUAGACAACUUGAUGGGAAUGUUCUUGAGAUGGUAAUAAACAAGAGGUUAGGAAAAUCUACCAGAGAUUUUAAACAACUUCUUUUGAAAAUCGCUUUACUCAUAGACAGUGUGCACAAACUGAAGGUGGUUCUCGGCAGCAUCAGGGCCUCACAGCUGUACGUUCACAGUAUUUCAAAAGAAGACUUUAAGAUUUAUCCUGUUUCAUUAGCAUAUUUACAUUACCUAGAAGCUGAACAGUCGUUACAUAAACCAACUUCUCCACCUCUGGAUGACCCUGUUUUAGUAGUCAGAUCUGCACCAGAGGUUUUAAAGAAAAACAUAUUCUCCAUAAAAAGUGAUGUAUUUCAAUGGGCUGUUGUGGCACUAGAUCUUAGUGGGGCAAGAGAAAUUAAGUCUAGCCAUGGUGGAGCAUCUUCUACUACAGAUACACUAAACUUUGAUACUUUGGAAAGAUCUUUUGAUUUAGCCAAUGUACAAAAGCCUAAAGGCAUGAAGGAGAAACUUUUUCAACUUAUACAAAAGUGCUUAAGCAAAAGAAGAAAUCUGAGGCCAUCAAUGGAAGAAAUUAUAAAAAAGCUGUCAUCCGAACAUGAGGAGGCAAGGAUCAUUGAUAAUGUGACACAUGACUCAAACACAUCUGCAUCAUUCAAUGCCAGCUUUGCUUUAAAUGUCGUCAACGUAUCCUAUGAUUUGGCAGACGAAGACCAUGACAGUUUACUCUCAUCUGACAGCAGCACAGACACAUGUGAAUGUGUUUCUGAUCCAGGCUUUACAGCGGUUAACGGCGGAACCUGUGAUACGGCUGAGCGUGUAGAAGAUGGAGGGGAUAGCGGAUUCAAUAAAACAAAAGUGAAAGUCAUUGCCACAGAGGACGAAAGCUCAAUGCGAUACGUGGAGAUCGGAAACAAUUAUAAUCAUUCCAACAUGGAUAAUGUGUCAUCUCAGCACGCACGAUAUGAAAACGAUGAAAAUAGCUGUACAAGCAAUGAAGGGCCACAGCGUAGCGAAGCUCAAAUAGGUAUCAGAGGAUGUCUAUCCCUGCCGAAUCCUGCUCACACCAGGCGCAGCCAAAUUAUGAGACCCCCAUCAAUACCCAGUGUCAGUGGCUUAUACUUUUUUAGGAUAUCAGUACGACAACGCAGACUAUGCAGAAUUUGAUGCAAAAAUAAACUUUAAUUAUAUGAAUCAUUUAUGCAAAGAGGACCACUACGACACAGCAUACGACUUGUAUACAAGGCAGACUAACAAUAAUGAACAGACCAGUAGAAAUGAACAGGACGCCUUUUAUUAUUGACGUCAUCUUUCAUGGACGUGUUGAAUAGUUAAAGCUCCACAUAGUGGUUAAAGAUUUUUAAAAAGAAUGCAAAAUAAAAUGGCAAUAUUCAUCAUCAGCCCACCCCUCAAUAUUCUCGAUUUCUACCCUUCCUUUUAUACGCAUUUAUUCACACAUAGUGUGUCACAGCUUUGUUUUUUAUUUUGUAAACAUCGUCCUGUAUGGUUAUUGCAUUAGUAACAAUUUACUGUUACAUUUAUGUAUCUAAACUAUAUGUCUUAGGGUGACUAGUUACUGUAUGCAUUUUUUGUCACCGAGUAUGAGUAAUAUCCCUUUUGAAUAUUGUUACAAAAAAAAAUACAAUAAAUAAAUCCGAAAUCAAUUUUCCACAUUUUCUAGACUUUAGGUCGGACUUGAUAUUUUUACUUGUUUAUAAUUAUUUAUACAUUCAUAAAUAGAAGCAAAUUUCUGUUGACAAAAAUAAAACUAAAAAUACAAUCU